AUGUGGAAGGGAUUGCUCGUCGCGGGCGCGACCGGCCUGCUCGGGCUGGUCAAUGGCCUCGCCUCGACCGACACCAUCACCUGGGGCGGCGACAACUCGCGCGCCGGCUACCAGACGACGCACAACAUGGACCCAGCGAUUGUCGGCAGCGCACAGUUUGGACUCGCCUGGCAGACGAAGCUGCCCGGCAACUACGGCGGCGAGGCGGAGCAGAUCUACUCGCAGCCGCUGGUGUACACGCCGGCGGGCGAUGAUCGUCAGUUUGUCUACUGGUCCACGACCCAGAACAAUGUCUACAAGGUCGACGCCAAGACGGGCGAGAUUGUUGCGUCGCGGAACCUGCACAUCCCCUUUAUGACGAGCGACCUCGACGGCUGCGUAGACAUCAACCCGCACAUUGGCAUCACAGGCACGGGCGUGAUCGACCCGGACACGGAGACGCUCUACAUCGCCGCCAAGACCUAUGCCAACGAGGACAUCACUGGCGCCCAGGGCCGUCCCCAGGGUCGCUACUACAUCCACGCGCUUGACGUCAACGAUCUCUCGGAACGGCCCAACUUCCCCAUCAGCAUGAACGGCCAGGUGCCCGACAACAACCCGGAUCGGACGUUUGUCAGCGGCGACCUGCUCCAGCGACCGGGUCUCCUCCACCAGGGCGACUACAUCUUCAUCGCCUUUGGCUCGCACUGCGUCAAGUGGCUCUUCACCGGCUGGAUCGUCGGCUUCCACAAGACCACGGCCGAGUUCACGGCCAAAUUCGCCACGCAGGGCGAGAAUGUCGUCGACGAGGGCGCGGGCGUCUGGAUGUCGGGCGGUGGCCUCACCUCGGACGACGCCGGCAGCAUCUACUUUGCGACAGGCAACGGCUAUGCCUCGCAGCUGUCGACCAUUCCCGUCUCGGGCUUUGACCCCCCGACCGCUCUCGAGGAGGCCAUUGUCCGCCUCAGCCUGGCGGAUGACGGCAACGUCAGCGUCGUCGACUUCUUCAUGCCCUGGGAGAAGCAGCAGCUGGAUGGUGCAGACGACGAUCUCGGCACCAGCCCCAUCCAGAUCCUGCCCUCCGAGACCUUUUCAUGUGGUGAUGUCCGACGCAUGGGCGUCAUCACGGGCAAGACGGGCAAGACGUACUUUGUGAACCUCGACAACCUGGGCGGCUACCGCAACGGCGCAGACGGUCUCGAUGCUGUCGUCCAGGUCUACGCUGGGCCGCGAUCCGUCUAUUCGGGCGCGGGCGUCUACCCCCUCGAGGGAGGCUACAUCUACAUCAGCCCGACAGGCGGCAACCCAACACACGUCUUCUCCUUCUCAUGCGAGAACGGCCAGGCCAAGUUCACGCGUAUGGCCGAGAGCAAGAACCUCAACGCCGUCAUCCUGGGCGUCAGCCACGGCACCGUCACCUCGCUCGACAACCAGCCGGGCACGGGCCUGCUCUGGAUCACGGACCGUCGUGGCGACAGCGUGCGUGUCUACGACGCCGUCCCGACCGAGGACGGCUACCUCAACCAGAUCAAGGGUAUCUCGGUCGAGGGCGUCGGCAAGUUCAGCCGCGCCGUCUUUGGCGAUGGCAUGAUGUACCUGGGCAGCGUCGUGGGCAACAUCUACGGCUUCGGCGCGCCCACCGACCCGCCUCUCGCGUGUGAGGAGACUCUUGCCUUUGGCACCGUCGAUACGUCCGAGAAAAGCGCGGUCAAGGAGGUCACCUGCAAGGCCACGAUUGGUCUCACCGUCGACAAGGUCAGCCUCACCACGGGCACCCACUAUGUGCUCUCCUCCCUCCCCGAUGGCGAGCUCACCCUCCCCGCUGGUAGUUCGUUCUCGUUCAACGUUCAGUUCACCCCCAAGCGCGUGGGCCUCCACUCGGACGCGGUCAAGAUCGCGACCAGCAACAACGUCGAGGGCUACAGCACCACGACGAGCGUCCGUCUCUCGGGGACAGGCGAGUCAGCCGACGCUCUGCUCGAUGUCUCGCCCGACAGCGUGACCUUUACGGACGUUGUCUCGGGCGAUGGGCCCUCGGACCGCGUCGAGAACAUUAUCCUCUCCAACGAGGGCAAUGCGGCCCUCACCAUUGACAGCAUCUCCUUCAGCGAGUCGGUUAACGGCACCUUUGAGGCGUGGAACGGCGAGCUGCCUCUUCGUGUUGGCAAGUUUAUCAUUGCCAGCAUCCCCGACACCAUUGCGGCCACCUCGCGCGCCACGCUCGACAUCCAGAUGGACGCCACCGAGUCUGGCACAUUUACUGGUGCUGUCCGCAUCACCUCCAACGGAGGCGAUGGCGCCUUCACCAUGGAAGGAUCGGCUGGUCCUGCGCCUGUAGCCGUCAUCGAGUUCCAGAGCGCCGACGGAGAGGACUGGAUCCAGUACGAGCAGGGCGUGCCCUUUAGCUUUGGCAACGUGACCCAGAACACAGCCUCGUCUCGUCGCAUGCGCAUCACCAACGCAGCUCCCGAGGGCGGCGUCUCCCUCACCCUGACCGUAUCCAAGCCUCCCUUUGGUGGCUCCGGCCUCAUCCGUGCCGCCAACCAGGUCGAUCUUGCCGAGGGCACCAAGCUCUACCCGGGCGAGAGCGAGACGGCCGUCCUCUCGUGCGCCGCGCCCAAGACCCAGUGGAACACGGACGUGAUCCACGCCAACGCGACGUGGACACUCAACCUCAACGACCCGACCUUUGAGAAGAACAUUAUCGAGUUUGUCUGCAACGGCGUCGCCCAGCAGGCGCCCCCUCUGCUGUACCCGGGCUACGGCCAGUACCGCUACCUCGGCUGCUUCAAGGAGAACAACCCGGGUCGCCAGCUCGAGAGCCAGAUCUACGGCAGCGACGAGAACACCAACGCCCUCUGCAUCGACAGCUGCCACGAACGCGGCUGGAUCUUCUGCGCCACACAGUACCACCGCGAGUGCUGGGGCGGCAACACCAUCCCCUCCCUGCAGGUCGACGACGCCAACUGCAACUUUGACUGCGAGGCCGAUGUCAACCAGUGGUGCGGCGGCAACGGGGAGGGUGCUGGUGCUGGGGGCAGCUAUCUCUCGCUCUUUGCCGACGUGCUCGAGUGGGAUGGCAACUAUACCAACCCGGACACGCCCACGGACCCGGAGGAUCCUGGGGACCCGACGACGCCCCCUGGUGGCCCCGAGGCCAACCCUGGCGUCGAUGGGUACGCGCACAUUGGCUGCUACACCGAGGCGACGUCCGGCCGGGCGCUGCCCUUUGGCAAGUCGAUGGAGAGCGCCACGGUGGCCAACUGCGUCCAGGCGUGUGCUGCGGAUGGCUAUACUUACGCGGGUCUCGAGUACGCCCAGGAGUGUUGGUGCGGCAACUCGCUGGGCGUCGGCUCGGUGGAGGCCCCUGAGGGUGAUUGCAACCUGGCCUGCAAGGGGAACGCUACGGAGCUCUGUGGUGCCGGAUCUCGCCUCAACGUCUACAAGCUGGGCGGCAGUCCCUCGUCUAGCGAGACGUCUACGAGCAUCUCGCAGACCCCGACAAACACUGCCACCGUCUCGGAGUCCACAAAGACCACAUCUGUAGUGACAUCGUCUGCAGUGACCACAUCUGCAGCCGCCACUACUACCACUACCACCACCAAGGCCGUCACAACCAUCACACAGCCUGCGCCUACCAGCACCAAGCCCGUCGAAAAGGCCACCGUCGGCGAAUACGACUCCCUGGGCUGCUACAUCGAGGUCACCACGGGCCGCGCCCUCACGCCCGGCUUCCUCGCCGACGACGACAUGACCCUCGAGAUGUGCGCCGCCUUUUGCGACGCCUACACCUACUUUGGCGUCCAGUACGGCCGCGAGUGCCGCUGCGGCAACAUCCUCAAGGAGGGCAGCAUCCCCGCCCAGAAGCAGACGGAUUGCUCGUUCCCGUGCCCCGGUGACCAGAGGUACCUCUGCGGUGCCGGUAUGCGGUAUAACUUGUACAUUCGCGGUGGCAGUGCGGCUUUGUCCUCGACAUCUGUGUCCACAAGCAACCCAGCCACCACUGCACAGUCGACGUCGGAGUCUAUUGCGCCGGAGAAUGUGUCGUCUACUACAGCUGCGCCGUCGACGACUACCAAAACUUCUACAUCGAGCAGCAGUGCAGUCUCCAGCUCGACUGUCAAGCCCACAACUUCUACUGUCGAGCUCUCUUCCACCACUACUUCCACCUCCACCACCAAGACAACCACCUCCACAAAGACCACCACCUCAGCCAAACCAACCGCCACCGGCCCCGUCGCCUGGGAGGGCAACAAGAACUUCACCUACUACUCCUGUGUCUCCGAGCCCUCCUCUGGCCGCCUCCUCCCCAAGCAAGUCUACAACAACGGCACCGCCAUGACGCCCGCCCUCUGCCUCGAAAAGUGCAACGGCAAAUACAACUACGCCGGCGUCGAGUACGGCCGCGAGUGCUGGUGCGGCGACGAGCUCAACUUUGCGGGCAACGAGGGCGCCACGCCCGGCCAGAACGUCACGGACGACAAGUGCUGGUUCGAGUGUCCUGGCGACAAGAGCAUUCGCUGUGGCGCGGGAGGACAUUUGAGUCUCUAUGUGCUGCGGGAGCUGGUACGCGAGAUGUACGGGCCGGAUGCGGCGUGA